GCACCUCUUCCCCUUGGGGAACCGGGGGGGGGGAGCGGUAUUAGUCCAGCUGACCCGCAGCUUCUGUAGCCUGCCUGGGCUGGAAGGCAAAUCUGAUGGGAGGCCUGGAGGAGGAAGGGGAUUUGUUCAUCCUAGCCUGAGUGGGGGGCUCCUGGACCCCCACCCAGUUAGAUACAACGAUACAGCUGUUAGCUUCUUGUCUUUGAAGCUCCGUCUGUAUCCCACUCUCCAAAAGCUGGCUGGGGGAGGUCUGGUUGUAUUGCUCAGUACAGAGUGUGUGGCACUUUGCACAUGCUCAGAAGUACCAUCUUGCCAUGUUCCAGGGCCAGAUAGUGAAGCUACAGGGAAGUCUGAGAACUCCUGCCCCAGGCUCUUGUGGGUGGUGGGUUCAGGACGUGGAGAAAUCAGACAGCGGAAGCUGAAGGCUGCCAUCCUUUCCUCUGAAGGGCUGGGAUUGCCAGCAGGGGUGGGGGCGGGGAAAGGAGGGUGUCCUUUCCCUUUAAAAUAGGCCAGACAGGUCGAGAUGGGCAGUUGAAGCUUUUCAUGGCCUGGAAAGAAGGAAGCCUCCGGUCAAGCAGCUGGACUUUUUUUCCCUGCAGGUUUUGGGCAACUCUGCAUUUAAGAUUUGGCUGCCAAAGUCACUGGCUGACCUCGUACUGUUGCCCAUCUCUGCUUGUAGCCUCACAUCAGCUCAAAUAUAUGCAGGAGCUGCCAGGGAGGAGCCACUUCUCCCCCCUCCCCAUAUCAAUCCAUGCAAAUUUAACCCACCUGUUGCCAUAGGUCACUAAAAUCUGAAGAGCGAGAAAAAUAGGAUGGCCAACCUUCUUCUGGCAACUCUGCCUUCAAUUGAAGCUUGCUGGCCAUUCCUAACUCUGCACACUAAAAAACCCUUAACCCACUUAUCUCGACACCUGAAGGUGCUUCCCGGGGCACAAGAGCUGGCCAGGCUGUUUCUUCCAGGUUAGUUGGCAAUACUAUUUUAAGAUCCCGUUUAUUAAUGGAUCUUUUCAAAUUUCUCCUUCCAAGAUCCGUCACUUUCACCUAAUUGGCCUUUUUUUCCGCCCCAGACUUCGAAUGCUCUUCUCUGGUCAAGGUGGACUUCACUGGACCCUCUUGGGAGUCUGUGGUAGGGAUACUCCCUGGAAGGCCGUGGGGAUUACAUCUGUAGCAUUUGAAGGACUGCUAAUCCCAGGGCGGCCAAGAGGGAAUUUAAUCAUUACUUUAAUCUGUCCAUUGCCGUGCGUGAUGCUUGGCAGGCCCGUGGCAGAUGGAUGGACACAGCGUGUCUUCAGAAGCAAAUUACUCUGGGGGAUAAAGGAGGCAUCUGACCACUCAGAAGCAGGAGGGCCUCAAAGGCCCUGCAAAGACGACACACAAAAAUAUGGUAGAUGCAGACCUGUUUAGAGGCCUGCUGGCUCGUCACCUCCUGGAAAUCCUCACUUCCAUUUCAGGAGGCUUCCUUUUCAAGCAGUGGAAAGAGAAGUUCCUCACCCUCUUGCCAGAUGGGAGCUUGCUCAUCUGCCCAAAUGCGGGGAGCCCUGCCGAGCUGGGCAUCUCCCUGGGCACCUGCUGUGAUGUCAUCUUGGAGGGGAGUGAGAUCUGUGAUCUGCCACGCCUUCCCUCAGGCGCCCAGCGGGACAGCUGCCUGGGACUGAGCCUCAGCGAUGGGAGGUUUCUUCUUUUUCUCGCACCCAACACCCAAGAGUGCAGGCAGUGGCUCAACAUCUUAAGAAAAGUCAAAGAGAACUUCUCCCAGGGAUCUGUCUCUAGCUGCAAGGCCCACCACAUCAAUUUGCCACCUAGAAAAUGUUGCCGGAAAGGAGGAGCAGGUGCCGGUGCAAACUGCAGGGGGUCACCUGGCACAGAGAGACGAGAAGCUGCCCUGACCAGCCUGUGCCAAGAACCUUGCCUGCGCCACAGCUCCCUGGCACGUGCCCAAGUGCAAGCAGCUUGCCUCUUGGUGGGGGGAGCUGCUGCUGGCCCCUCCAUGGGCUACAUGGUCACCUCUGCCAACACCGGACAAUCUGCAGAGUCUCACCCACCAGAUUUCAAGGAGUUGGGCUAUCACCCAUCGGCCUGUGACACAGAAUCACAAUAUGAAGCCCUGGAUUAUGAGGGGAUGGACCAGGACUGUGAUGUGCUGGAGUUUGGGGCCUUCGCCUUCUAGGCCCCAAAUACCAGCUUUUAAGGGCUAAGGAAAAAACCAUUCUGCAGCUAUUCAAGGGACACCCUAUCCUCAUGCUGUGGAGCAGCCCAUGCAGAUCUACCAGGAGACCUCUGACAUGCGUGUUUUCCUUUUUCUUUCAUUUUACUGCAUGUUUUCGGGGGAGGGGGUUUAAGUGUUUUUUAAAGUGUUUUUAAGUGGGUUUUUUUUUUUACAUUUUAGCGAGUAUAGAAUUUGGUUCCUCUCUUGCUGGAGGGAUCCAGGAUCAACAUCUGUCCUAUCAGCUUUCAACCUUGUUCUGGUCUCCCUUUGCAUUAAAUAGUAACUUUCUCUCUUUUCAA